CCAGUGGGGAAGGAAAUAAACUUUCUGAAUCUGUGACACGGACCUGGUGGUACCUGCAGGGCUCCGUCUCUCGGUUCCUGGGAAUGAAAAAACACCGAAUUCGCUCGGAUUAGAAUAAGUUCGUCUUUAUAAACCGUAAUGACGCGGUCGUAUCGCGUCAUGACGCAGUCCAGUUAAGCCACAGUCGCUGGUAAUGGACCCACUGGUUCAGCAUGGGCAUGGCGAAACGAUGAGCAAAAGUCAACUGAAGUGAAAUAGACUGAGGACUGUCACUCAUAGUUCAUGUUGAGAACCCGACUGUUCACCUGACCGAGCUAACCAGACACCAUGGCUGGAGACGACCACUACCUUCAUAAUUCCAACCAGAUGUUUGACAACAUAAUGAUGGAUGCAUCAUGGGAUUUUCCACAUUUUCCUGCGAUGUCUCAGACCCCGUCUCUGAGGACAGCGGACGGACCUUUCCUGCAGAUCCUGGAGCAGCCGAAGCAGCGUGGCUUCAGGUUCAGAUAUGGCUGUGAAGGUCCGUCUCACGGCGGCCUGCCCGGAGCGUCCAGCGAGAAGAACAGGAAGACCUACCCCACCGUGAAGAUCUGUAACUACCAGGGUCCGGCCCGGGUGGUGGUCCAGCUCGUGACGGCGCUGACCUCCGCCCCUCAGCUUCACGCUCACAGCCUGGUGGGAAAACAGUGUGACAAAGGGAUCUGCAUCGCCGACAUGCAGCCCAAAGACUCCAGCAUCAGUUUCCCGAACCUGGGGAUCCUCCAUGUGACAAAGAAGAACGUGGCGAAGACUCUGGAGGAGAGGAUGGUCGAGGCCUUCAGGAUGGGAUACAACUGUGGAGUCUCCAUCCACCCGGAGAUCGACGCCCUGCAGGGGGAGGUCCGAGUCCCCCGAGACCUCCAUGACCACCAGCGCGGUGUGAUCAGCACGGCAGCGGCUCUUCAGGCCAAAGAAAUGGACCUGAGCGUGGUGCGGCUCAUGUUCACGGCGUUCCUCCCCGACAGUGACGGAGCUUUCUCCAGACGACUGGAACCCGUCGUGUCAGAGCCGAUCUACGACAGCAAGGCUCCAAACGCCUCCAACCUGAAGAUCGUGAGGAUGGAUCGCACCGCCGGCUGUGUGACCGGAGGAGAGGAGGUCUACCUGCUCUGUGACAAAGUCCAGAAAGAUGAUAUCCAGGUUCGGUUCUUUGAAGAAGACGACUCAGGGUUGACCUGGGAGGCUCUGGGAGAUUUCUCGCCCACAGACGUGCACAGACAGUUCGCCAUCGUUUUCAAGACUCCGAAGUAUCGAGACCAGAACCUGCAGAAGCCGACGUCGGUGUUCGUCCAGCUGAAGAGGAAGUCUGACAACGAGACCAGCGAGCCCAAACCCUUCACCUACCACCCUCAGAUCAUAGAUAAGGAGGAGGUGCAGAGGAAGAGGCAGAAGACAUUGCCAAACUUUCAGGACUUCAGCGGUCAUGGAGGGGGCGGAGGAGGAGGUCUGUACCGGGGAGGAGGAGGAGGAGGUCCGGCAGCAGGAGGUGGGCCCGGCUCCGCAGGAGGAGGAGGAGGAGGAGGAGGUUACUUCCAGGGUUUUACUACCUAUAACUAUGGAGGAGGAGGAGGAGGUUUCUCCGCAGGAUACUCAGCUGGUCUGGGAGGAGGAGGAGGAGGCGGCGGCAUCAAACACGCCUCUCAGGGCGACGCGGUAGAAGACGGCGGGGACGAUGACGACGGCGGUCCAGGCCAUGAUGCGGGGUCAGGGGCUGUGCUGCAAGCUUCAGCCCAGGCAGGAAGCACGGAGGUCGGGGAGAGGCCUGAGGAGGGAGGGGUCAGUGUGGAGCCUGAUCCAGAUCGAGGUGAGCAGUUGGCUCAGGUGACCAGCAGACAGUUGGAGGCUCUCUUUCAGUACUCUGUAACAGGUGAUUCGGCGUACCUGCUGGCUCCACAGCGCCCCCUGAUGAGUGCACAGGACGAGGACGGAGACACUGGGCUCCAUCUGGCGGUGCUCCACAGCCAGCAGGAGGCGCUGAAGAGUCUGACUCAGGUUGUUUCUGCACUGCCUGGAGAGGAAGUGCUGAACAGGAGGAACCACCUGUACCAGACUCCUUUGCACCUGGCGGUGAUCACCCAGCAGAAGGAGGCGGUGGAGGCGCUGCUAUUGGCCGGAGCCGACCCGACUCUGACGGAUCGCCAUGGCAACACAGCGCUCCACCUGGCGUCUCAGCAGGAAGGAGGGAUGGUCCAGUUUUUACUACAACACAGAGAGAUGAGAGGACUGCUGGACCACGCCAACACAGCAGGUCUGUGUGCGAUCCACCUGGCGGUCCUGUCCAAUCGUCUGUCUUCUCUCAGGGAGCUGCUGGAGGGCGGGGCUGAUGUGGAGGUUCAGGAGCGUAGCUGUGGACGGACCGCCCUCCACCUCGCCACAGAGACCAACAACGUGUCGUUGGCCGGCUGCCUGCUGCUGGAGGGAAACGCCAAGGUGGACUGCUGCACCUUUAACGGCUCCACCCCCCUCCACAUCGCUGCCGGGAGGGCCUCCGUCAAGCUCACAGCUCUGCUGAUGGCUGCAGGUGCAGACCCUCAUAAGGAGAACUUUGAGCCCCUCUUCUUCAGAGAGGACGAGUGCUGCGAUGAAGAGAGGGAGGAUGAGGAUGAGGAUGAAGGCUACAUCCCAGGAACAACUCCGUUCAACAUGGCCUCCAGCACAGAGGUGCUCGAGCUUCUGAACGGGAAAGACUAUGAGCCAAAGUCUCUCCACAGAGCCUGCAGCCCCCCACAGGGUGACCUGGCAGACCUGGAUGUGGCAGUGAAGCAGGAGGUGUGUGGCGCUCUGGAGAGUGAAGGAUGCUGGGAGAAUCUGGCUCACAGUCUGGGUCUGGGGAUCCUCAACACGGCCUUUAGACUAAGCCGCUCCCCUGCCAAAACACUGCUGGACAGCUACGAGGUUUCAGGUGGGACAGUCAGCGACUUGUUGGCUGGUCUGAGGUCAGUGGGAGAGUGCAGAGCCCUGAGCAUCCUGGAGGAGGCGCUGCGCCGCUCUGACACCGAGGACACGCCACUGACCAAUGCGAUGACUGCAGGUGAGUCCCUGUGCGUUCAGGUUCAGGAUCUGAAGGUGGACGCUCAGAUGGACAGCGGGGUCUGUGACAGCGGGGUGGAGCUUUCCACAGCGUGACAGCCUGAUUGGUCCGUCUGCAUCGGUCUUCAUCAGAAGAAGAAGCCCAAUCCAUCCAUCACGCGUCAUCCAUCACUCGUCAUCCGUCGCCCCUCCUUCGCUCUGGACUGAGCUGCGUUUGUCUCCAGAGGAAACGACUCUUCUUUCUUUCAGGGCUGAAAGUUUCUCCUGACAAAACUUUUACAGUUUUUAAUGAAACGUGUUUAACUUCCUGUAAGUGACAAAACAGAAAACGUGUUUGUAAAGCGUGAAGACAAAAGUUCAAAAACUGAAACGUCCACAGCUGAUUGUUGACAGCAGGUGUCCUUCAGGCCACACUACACUCCACCAUUCAACGUCCGGUUCCUGCUCGAGCUGUGGGAGCAGAGACGCUUGGUUUAAAGGAUUCUUUCAUUAAACAGUUAAACCUCCGACAGAUGAAUCUUCAGACGUCCCUUGGUAGAAGAAGUGCUGAUUUUCCUGCCUCUGACCCCAUUUUGCUGAUUUUGACCCUCGUCCUGAGUCUGGUUCUGACGGCCGGUGGAUUUAAGGCUUUUCAUUGGACAGCGGUGAAGCUUUGUUUCUGUGCAGACGUUCAGCGUCUGCAGGGGGAACGGUGCUAUUCAUACUGAAAUGAUUGUAAAGAUUCUGAUUCACCUUAAAGGAUCGCCUCGGAUUCUUCCUGAUGUUUUAAUAUAGUACUCGUGCAGGGGAAUAAUAUUAAUUCAGUUCAAAUGUGCAUUUUAAAUGAGUUUUUGUUUUUAUUGUUUAUCUGUUUAGUGUUUUUUUUUUUUAAUUUUCAGGGCCAUUUUCUUCCACUCGUCUGUUUUCACCACUGAAACUGUUUCAGAAAACUGUCAAUCACAGUUUUAAAAACCAAAAACUAAAACAGCAACAUGAAUUUAAAGUUCUCGCCUUUUUAUUUAUCUUCUCAUCCGACUCUGGCUGGAAGCCAGGAGGAAACUGUUAGCCUAGCCUAGCCUCAAAAGACAAAAAUAACAUAAUCCAAGGCAUUGUGGGAAAGGUAGUCCACAGCUGUGUCCACAGAGUUUCUGUGUUUUCUUAGUGUGAAUCCAAAGCUGGUUUCUCAUCCAACAGUUGAUAUUUAUAUCUUUGCCGAGCACUGUACAGUUCAACAUGAGCUUUUGAUUUGUUGUGUUAUUUUUUAAAUAAAACGUUUUUUUUAUGUUG